ACUUCAGUUCACUCUGGAAAAUCGAAAGCAAAGGAUCAUACUAUAUCGUUACUUUAGAAGAAAGUUACUCAUUCCAGUGCUGUCGUGGCUGUGAAUUAUUUAUUAUCUGAUUUAUAGCUUUAGUUAUCUAAUUAAAUCGUUAAUAUAGGUGCAACAAUGCGGUGGAGCUUAUUGGCGUUAGCGUGCGUGGUCGCGGCAGUGUGUGCUGACGACAAAAAAGAAAAGGAUAAGGACAUCGGCACAGUCAUCGGUAUUGACUUGGGAACCACAUAUUCAUGCGUUGGUGUUUACAAAAAUGGCCGUGUGGAAAUCAUCGCCAACGACCAGGGUAACCGUAUCACUCCCUCUUACGUAGCUUUCACCCAGGACGGCGAGCGUCUCAUCGGUGACGCCGCCAAGAAUCAGCUGACCACCAACCCCGAGAACACCGUCUUCGACGCCAAGCGUCUCAUCGGUAGGGAAUGGAGCGACUCUACCGUCCAACACGACGUCAAAUUCUUCCCCUUCAAGGUCGUAGAAAAGAACAGCAAACCCCACGUGUCCGUCAUGACCGCCCAGGGCGACAAGAUCUUCGCCCCCGAAGAAAUCUCCGCCAUGGUCCUCACCAAGAUGAAGGAAACCGCCGAGGCGUACUUGGGCAAGAAGGUCACUCAUGCCGUCGUCACUGUACCCGCCUACUUCAACGACGCUCAGCGUCAGGCCACUAAGGACGCUGGUGUCAUCGCCGGCCUCAACGUCAUGAGAAUCAUCAACGAGCCCACCGCUGCCGCCAUCGCCUACGGUCUUGACAAGAGGGAGGGAGAGAAGAACGUCCUCGUAUUCGAUCUUGGUGGCGGUACCUUCGAUGUGUCUCUUCUCACCAUCGAUAACGGAGUAUUCGAAGUCGUGGCCACUAACGGAGACACCCAUCUUGGUGGCGAGGACUUCGAUCAGCGCGUCAUGGAGCACUUCAUCAAGCUGUACAAGAAGAAGAAGGGCAAGGACAUCAGAAAGGACAACCGUGCCGUGCAGAAGCUCCGUCGUGAAGUAGAGAAGGCCAAGCGCGCCCUGUCUUCCAGCCACCAGGUCAAGAUCGAAAUCGAAUCCUUCUUCGAGGGUGAAGACUUCGCCGAGACCCUGACUCGUGCCAAGUUCGAGGAGUUGAACAUGGACCUCUUCAGAUCCACCCUCAAGCCCGUGCAGAAGGUUCUGGAAGACGCUGACAUGAACAAGAAGGACGUCGACGAGAUUGUGCUGGUCGGAGGUUCCACCCGUAUCCCCAAGGUCCAACAGCUGGUCAAGGAAUUCUUCAACGGCAAGGAGCCUUCCCGAGGCAUCAACCCCGACGAGGCUGUAGCGUACGGUGCCGCCGUCCAAGCCGGAGUCCUCAGCGGAGAGCAAGACACUGACGCUAUCGUACUUCUGGACGUCAAUCCUCUCACCAUGGGUAUCGAGACCGUCGGAGGCGUCAUGACCAAGCUCAUCCCCAGAAACACCGUCAUCCCCACCAAGAAGUCCCAGAUCUUCUCCACCGCCAGCGACAACCAGCACACCGUCACCAUCCAGGUCUACGAAGGUGAACGCCCGAUGACCAAGGACAACCAUCUCCUCGGAAAGUUCGAUCUCACCGGCAUUCCUCCCGCGCCUCGUGGUAUCCCUCAGAUCGAGGUCACCUUCGAGAUCGACGCCAACGGUAUCCUCCAAGUGUCCGCCGAGGACAAGGGCACCGGCAACCGGGAGAAGAUCGUGAUCACCAACGACCAGAACAGGCUGACGCCCGAAGACAUCGAGCGCAUGAUCAAGGACGCGGAGAAGUUCGCCGACGAUGACAAGAAGCUGAAGGAGCGCGUGGAGGCCAGGAACGAGCUCGAGAGCUACGCCUACUCCAUCAAGAACCAGCUCCAGGACAAGGAGAAGCUUGGUGCUAAGAUAUCUGAUGAUGAGAAGAGCAAGAUGGAGGAAGCCAUCGACGCCGCGAUCAAGUGGCUCGAAGACAACCAGGACACCGACGCCGAGGAAUACAAGAAACAGAAGAAGAGCCUAGAAGACGUAGUCCAACCGAUCAUCGCCAAGCUCUACCAGGGCACCGGUGGAGUCCCACCCCCCGGCGCUGGAGAAGACGAAGACUUCAAGGACGAGUUGUAACAAGGCCCGCGCGGAUGGAGACUGCCAAGCUUGGAUGAACCGGAUCUGAAUGUUGAUGAACUGUAAAACUGGGCCAGAUUCACAUUCUUCAGAGCCGGCACAGGUCUUUUGUGAUCUCCUGCCUAUACGGAUUAUAAACAGUACAAGUUGUGGAUAACCCGUAUCUAAACAGCGUGUAGUGGAUAUUUAUUGUGUGCAUGAGCGCCUUGACGCGCGCGUUUACAUUAAGUAUUCUUAAUUUAAACUUGCGCGUUUUGGUUCGUGUGAUCGGGCGUGUGGGGGCUAGUCGACGGCGUUUUAAAUCUAGCGAUCAAGCCGGUGGCUGUCCCGUAAAUGCAUUUCUAUUAGAUGUUUUUCAAUUCUGCUCUCUAUUACUCGUCAGACAUGGGCGUAAGUCCCUUAACUAGGGACUUAUUCUCAUUUGCUAUCACUUUUUGACAACUUUUCUUCGUUUUUUUUAUACGUAGUUAUUUUUUUAAUGAAUUGAUGUCCCUGGACGUUAAAAUUAGAGAUUUUGUUAAAAAGGGAUACGAGUAAUAGAUAACCAAGUCUCUUGGGCGGCGGCGCGCUGAGUCUAUCGGCAUCCCUCUCGCCGUAGACCUGUUAGACAGAGACGGAGCCGCUAGACUGCCGCGCGCCGCUGCCUCAGGUUAAGUGUGUCUACAGUUAAUGUAUUCAAUAAUGCCAAUUUUAACACAGAUAAAAAUAUAUUAACAUAAUAGGAUUUAUAGUUAAUGUUAAAUACAAAUUUUAAUGCUCUCAAUAGUAACCGUUAGUAUUUACAUAGUCCCAACGAUUAGAGUUGUACUAUGUUGUAAAAAUAGUCGCUUCAAGUAUUGGCAGUUUUGGCAUUUUGUUGAUAGUUGUGGCAUUUCUGUUGUUAGUUAUGGCAUUUUCUUGACACUUGUGGCAUUUCUGCCAGGCUUGAUGCAUUUACCAGUUGGGCCCUGUUUCACGUAGAUUCCGUAGACAUACCGCCCGGAGGCGACCUCAGUGUCUGUAUUGUAUGUAAUUAUUGUGAGACUGCAUCCUCUUUAGAUAUAAUUAGCAAGUUAAUUAUGUAGAAGUUAAUUUCAAAUUGAAGGAGGGAGUUACAUAAUAAAAACAUUUUUUUA